UUACGUGUUGACCGUCAGCAGAAGGUUCCGCUGUUUCCGCCCGGAACUUCCUAGAGGCGACCCCAGUGUACAGCAGCAGUCUGGCUAGAUUUGCUGCUAGCCACAGUGGAUCAGCUGAUAUUUCAGGGGAUGUUCUUAUAGAUGACCUCUUCACCUGCUCGUAAGCUCAGCUCUCUGAAGAUGUGCCGCUGAAGAAUGCGAUAGAUAUUACGUCUGCAGUGAGUUUGGAGACUCUUGACAUCCCAGUUGUCAUGGAGAAACCAUGGAGGUUAUGGGGGGCAUUGGAGGCGUGUUUGCUGACAUUGUGCGCCUGGUACUGGGGAAUCUGCCGUGUCUCCCUGCUGGCCCUCAUUCUGACCUUCCACCUGUAUGGAGGCUUCAUCUUGCUGGGACUCAUCCUGGCCUCUGUGGCCGGCAUCCUGUACAAGUUCCAGGACGUGCUGCUCUACUUUCCCGACCAGCCCUCAUCCUCGCGUCUUUACGUUCCAAUGCCAACGGGAAUCCCCCACGAGAACGUGUACAUCCGCACCAAAGACGGCGUGCGACUCAACCUCAUCUUGCUCCGUUACACCGGUGAAAACCCCACCUCUGCUCCCACCAUUUUAUAUUUCCAUGGCAAUGCGGGGAACAUUGGCCACCGCGUCCCGAACGCGCUGCUCAUGCUGGUCAAUCUGAAGUCCAACGUGGUGCUGGUGGACUACAGAGGCUAUGGAAAGAGCGAAGGAGAACCUAGCGAAGAGGGACUGUACCAGGAUGCUGAGGCCACCUUGGAUUACGUCAUGACCCGGCCAGACAUCGACAAGACCAAGGUGGUUCUGUUCGGCCGCUCAUUGGGUGGCGCGGUGGCCAUCCGUCUGGCAUCGUGCAACCCACAUCGAGUGGCCGCCAUCAUGGUGGAGAACACUUUCCUGAGCAUCCCGCACAUGGCGGCCACGCUGUUCUCUUUCUUCCCCAUGCGUUACCUACCGCUCUGGUGCUACAAGAACAAGUUUCUCUCCUAUAGACAUGUUGCACUGUGCCAUAUGCCAUCUCUCUUCAUUUCGGGCUUAUCAGACCAACUCAUCCCUCCGGUGAUGAUGAAACAGCUGUACGAGCUGUCACCGUCUCGGACUAAACGCCUCGGCAUCUUUCCUGAGGGUACGCACAAUGACACUUGGCAGUGCCAGGGUUAUUUUGCCGCCCUAGAGCAGUUUAUGAAGGAGCUUCUAAAAACCAUGCGCCGAGAAGAGACGGCCCAGGGGACGACCAACGUCACCAUAAUCUAGAACAGUAACUACUAU